CAAUAAAGGUCCGUCGAGAGUGUCGAGUCGUUUGUUUGCCACUCCUUAAAAUUCUAUCAGUUCGGCCACGUCUCUGAGUGAUUUAAAAGUGUUUCGAAUCGUUCGGAGAGCGAUUCUGCUCGGAUUGUCGAGAAAUCGAACGUUUGGCGGUGGGGUUCGCCGUUCGACCCUCGCCUCUCAGAUGGCGUUGUGUAAUUUUACGAUCACUUUGUGCGAUUCUCUUUUCUGCCUUUGUUUGACUUGACGGGCAGAGGGCAGUCGAAGGUUUUAACAAUUAAAAGAAAAAUAAUGGCGUUUCGAGUGAAUUGUCGUACCUUUGAGAUGAUAACUACUUAGAUUGCGACGUUCCAGUGUCGGUGGUGUUUUUUUUUGUAAAUAGAGCGUAUUGUCGUCCUCGGGGUGGUUGUUACACAAUAUCACCCAGAAUAUUCCUCGAUUCGUUGAAGAGGUACGAUGUACCGGGUCGGAUUGACGUUGAAGGCGAGAGUGGGAAGUGGAAGAGGAGAGGACAAGGGGUCGGUGUGAGUUUCGAGUUCUGUUUCCACCCUCUGGAACGAUGGACGAACGGAGGGUUGUCGACUAUUUCGUCAUCGCCGGCCUCCCCCAGGAGAUGCGCCCGCUGGACGACUUUUCGAAAGAGGGGAACCACAUGAAGUCCAGCCACAGCCAGGCACCGAUAACCGACAUAACUGUCUUCUUUCCGUCCCUGAAUGAGGACCCGCCUGAAGGAUACACCGUCUUGUCCAGAACCCCUGCCGGUAACUUGGCGGACCUGAACCACGGGAGCCUCCGCAGCCCUGAUGUCUAUCUCUGCUUCCGCAGGGGCUUUGACAGGCCUCCUCUGGUUGACAUCGGUGUUAUGUUUGAGGGCAAAGAAUCGAUUCUUUCUGAUUCUGAAGUUGUUGCAACAACACAUGGCAAUCAUUGUGCCAACAUUAACAACUCAACGGCGAAAACGUUUCUUACCUUUAGACGAGCGAAGGACACAAUGCCCUGCAAUUCGUUGGUAGUCACGGAAAUCGCUGUCAUUCUUACUAGUAAGGGUGAGACAGCACCACAUGCAUUUUGCAUGAUAAAGAAAAAUCUAAACAGGGGGAUUGUCGGUUCAGAUGUUUAUAUUUGUUAUAAAAAAUCUAUGAAUAGAACUAAUUUAAUUACUUAUAAACCAGGAAUUCUUUUGAGAUAUCCAUUUGAGGAUAGAGAAAAUCUACCCUUACCUGAAACUGUUCCUAUGUUUUGCCUUCCGCUGGGCUGCUCACUGGAAAAAUGGCCGAAGGCUGCGCAACAACCCGAUCCAAUUUUUUCCACUUUUGUUCUGACUGUUUCUGAUGCUGCGGAAAAGCUUUAUGGUUCGGCUAUUAUGUUUUACGAAUCGUAUCCUGAAGAGUUGUUGACUGAUGAGCAAAAGAAGGCGUUGGAUGGUAAACCAGGGUUUCCUGAAACUGAGUGGACUUAUAAUGUUAAUAAGUGUAUUUGCCUAUUAUCGAGAUGGCCUUUUUUUGACACUUUUGAACGUUUUUUGAUUUUUUUAUAUGAAAUGUCCAUAUCAACUGCUGGUCCUCAUGCCGUUUCUAUUGAACGGUUCAUAUUAUAUUUUAUGGAAGAAAUACCAUUUCCUUCGCCACAAGGUCCUGGAAUUUUAGUGGAACUUAGUCCCACAGAUAAACUUUUUUUAACUCAGCCAGAAGAACUCCCUCUUCCAAGAAGUGGAGCCAAAUUCCGGCAGCUUCUCAUGAAUUUAGGAGCUGACAAUUGUCUUCUCAUCCUAGUCUGUGCUUUGACUGAACAGAAAAUAUUAGUACAUUCACUUCGUCCAGAUGUUCUAACUGCCGUGGCUGAAGCCGUUUCAAUGAUUUUAUUUCCAUUUAAGUGGCAGUGCCCUUACAUCCCUCUGUGCCCGUUGGGUCUUGCUGAAGUUUUGCAUGCUCCUCUGCCUUUUCUCAUCGGAGUCGAUUCAAGAUUUUUUGAUCUUUACGAUCCUCCACCUGAUGUCAUCUGCAUCGAUUUAGACACUAACAAUGUCUCUAUGAUUGAUGAAAAGAAAAGAGAGAGGGAGAUAAAUAUAAAAUUGUUGCCAAAGAAACCUGGACGGGUGUUAAGGCAAACUUUGGAAACCCUUUAUAAACAAUUGGCCCAUUUUAUACACGAACCUUUGCCUGUCGAUACUACAUCCAUAGAUAAGGAGUUUCAGUUUAAAAGAAAAGAGCAAAAACUAGAAUUGGAUAUACAAGUUGCAUUUUUACAAUUUAUGGCGACAAUAUUAAAAGGUUACAAGAAUUUUUUACUUCCCAUCACCAAGGCUCCUACUGUGGGUACAACAGAUACAAAUUCUUUGUUCGAUUUAAAUGGUUUUUUAAAAUCCAGAGAUAAAUGGAGCCACAAGUUUUUUAAUUAUGUUACAAAGACUCAAAUGUUCAUUAGAUUUAUUGAGGAGCGAUCUUUUGUCUCAGAUAUGGAUGCUGGGCUUGCUUUUUUUGAUGAGUGCACGGAUAAGGUGGAGGAAGAUGAAAAUGUACAUUUACUAGAAGUUGAUGACAGCCACCAAAGUGAACGGACUGUGAUAAUAAUGCCCCCUGAGCCUACGGGACAAAUUUAUACUUAUCAAGGAUUUAAUUUGAAUCAUAACCUCCUCCAGCUCAACCAUUUCAACAAUUUGUUAUCGUCUAGCAAAGAUAAAAAGAGCAGUCGUCACAGUGGAAGUGGAAUUGCCCCUGGUAGCCCUAUGGCUAGACGGACCAAACAUGAAAUAAAAGCAGCACAGCGGCUUGCUAGAAAAUGUUCCACCAAUCCUCAACUUUGGGCUCAAUGUCUAUGGUCAACUUGUUGUAGUAUUUGGUUCAUACAUCUUCCAAGCUAUGUGUUAUCUGCUCAGAGCCCUCCUGCUAUACUUCAGUAUGCUUAUGAUGUAAUGGUAAAAGUACAUAAGUGCAAAUUAACCCUUUCGGAUGAAAUCUGUUUCCGAGUAAUGAUGCAAUUGUGUGGAGUGUAUAGACUGCCUGUUGUUGCCGUUAAACUAUUAUUUCAUAUGAAAAGAGCGGGCAUUCAGCCCAACGCCAUUACAUACGGAUUUUACAAUAGGGCUGUGCUCGAAGCGACUUGGCCCUCAGGAAUGAGCAAUUCUAGUCAGCUGUUGUGGAACAAAUUGCGAAAUGUCAUUUUGUGUGCUGCUCUGUUUAAAAAAGGAUUGGCGGGGAAGAGGAAACACUCUACCGCUGCAGAUGACAACCUUUCUCUCCUCGAUCCUUCGUUAAAUUGUGGAUCCCAUACAUCUAUUGACAGUGCAGGGAGUUUAAGCCAGAAAGUUAAUGAAGCUGUCGAGGUGGAAGAAACAGAAGCAUGCAAACAGACACAAGUUGAAGACAAUGAUAGUCAUUGUGACUCAGUCGAUAACCAAGUUGCAGCAAAUAGUGAAGGUUUUGUUGCUUUUGAUAACUUUAGAUCUAAGGUCGGUAGUAUCGUACGUCCAACAGGAUUACCUCUGUUGAAUCAAUCUACCAACUUUAAACAGCAUACAUUUGAAAGCAGUGCUGGGUUGUUGAUAACUGGUGCAGGUGGUCCUUUAAAAGAAGAAGAGUUAGACUUGACUCAAUUUAAUGUCGUAACUUCUCCAAAUGGACUGGUUAGUUCAAAUAAAAGAAGAUAUCGCAGUGGUUCUUGUACAGAAUUCAAUAAUCCGUUAAGGCAACCACCUCCUACAAGCCCGCCAAUUUCUACAAUAAAUAAAAAUUCAUAUAAAAUCCUGACAAGAUCAGAGAGUUUUGCUAAUGAUGCAGGGAUUUUGGCUAAACUUCAUACGUUAAAGCUUGACUCGCUUCCGCUCAGCUCUUCGAGGGAUUCGUUGAAGGAAAAACCAAAGAUGCUACAAGGCCAUGGGAAACCGUGGUCAAAGUCUCUUUUCGGAAGGCGAGGUAGUCUAAAUCUUAGAAAAUUCAAAGAUCAAGUCACGUCUGACAGUUAUGAAUCUUCAACUGAAAAUUUGGGAUCUACAGGUAGUGGUGCUGGAGGUAGUUAUGAAGAUAUAUACAAUAUAAGUACACCAAAGAGGAAUAAAUUAAAUAACUCUUUUGGAAUGAAUAAUAAGUACAAACCUGAAAGACAUAGUUCAACCAGUAAUAUAGUAUCUGAACUCAAUGAAAAUCAAUGCAGUGACAGCAAAUCACCGAUCAAGAGUCCAUCUAGGACACCUGUAACUGAAAACGAUCCUUUAGGAGCACUCCUUAAUGAGGGUUCUGAACAGGAGGAAGAAGAAGAAGAAGAGAAGAAGACUGUCUCGAGGGUUCCGUCAGAAAUUGAGUUAGAUCACACAGGUGCUCCUUUAUUAUUUGAAAGAAGACUACUAGGGGAUUACAAUUCGGUCGUGAGAAGUGCGACAUUCACCAAUGAGGAAUCAGACGAGGAGUAUGAAACAGGUGUCAGAAACAAGUCGAUGCACCGAUCUUCUACAAUGCCUAUUAAUAAUUCGAUGGGCGAAAAUCCAAACCAGCAACCCUCAAUUGGAAGUUUCAAGCUACCAUUCACCCGUUAUUCACCAUCACGAUUUAGUCUUCGCAAAGCUGCAGAUAGGAUCAAUACUCAGAUGAUUGAGAAUGCUAUAACAAGUCUCAGUCCAAGUUUAACAUCAAAAAAAUCCAAUGAGCUAAUUAUGGGUGGACUUAGCAGCCUUAAAUCAGCGGCCACUUCUGUGGCAAAGAAAAUCGAUGAAAUUAAAGGUGCUAUUUCAGCGAAUACGACUCCUGUCAAAUCUGCAAAUCACUGGGGGACGCUGGAAAGGGAUGCUUGUCUUUUAGAAGAUGAGAGUGAGUAUGGAGAAGAAUACUCAGCGAGCCGAAGAAAAAUAUCUAUGGAUUCGCCUCAGAAUCGUGGUCAGUUGAGUGGUAACAACUUCACCGAAUGGCUCACAGAAGGUAGCAGAAAAGGCAGUUCUGUUAAUCUUGGUAAUGAGUCAUCAGUUUUUGAAGUAAUUGACAAGUGGGCUAAUCGGCAAUGUCUAUAUCCUAAAUUCCAAAGAGAUCCUAGUAUUCCAGUUGCUUUACAGAUAACAAUGACAACUUGUUCAAAGUGCCACAAUUGUUCUACUGUCUUAUACGACGAAGAAAUCAUGGCAGGCUGGAUACCUGAAGAUUCCAAUUUGAAUACUAAAUGUCAAUUCUGUGAUAAGGCAACAGUACCAUUGUUGUCAGUUUCUGUCGUCGAUUAUAGAAAUUCACCAAUGCCAACAUUAGUCAAAGAAAGGAAGAUCUCUUCAAUUUCUCUUGGGACCAGCCAGACUUCGUUAGUCUCUGACAGUGGCUUUGUGAACGAUGGUGUCCAACCAAAGACUUGUGAUCCAAUAACAGUGCCUUACCUUAAUCCACUAGUCCUCCGAAAAGAAUUUGAAUCGAUUUUAGCUGCUGAGGGUGACGCAGCCCUCAUUCAACCAAAGUUUGUCGAUGAGCACCCCAUUAUUUAUUGGAACAUGGUUUGGAUGUUCACUAGGAUAAAUAUGGAUUCUCAUUUUCCGGGUUUAGCUUUAGGAAGCAACGCUACAAUUUCAGAUCCACAUCCAUCGUGGGAAAAUGCCAACUCCUCUAAUGUACUUAUUUCUACGAUGUGGCAUAAUCAUAGAUUAAAUGAUGAGGUUGGCGCGCCGAUGUAUUUAUCAUGGAAUGUCAAUGAUGACCAUAGUUCUCUUGUCAGCGCAUUGGUAACAGAUCAGACCAGGGUUUCAGCCAAAGAUUUACAAAGUAUACUUCAUUGGUUGCAAUACUGCAAUAUUAUUAAACCUCUUGAGUUUCUGGCUGUGGAAAGAAAGAAAUUAAAAGGCCGAGGUCAUUCUUUAUAUAGGGAAAUAUUAUUUUUAGGUAUCACUGCUAUAGGAAAAGAAAACAUUGACCAAGUUUAUUUUGAUAAAGAUUAUAAGGCUGCUUAUGAGAAAGUUAUAGAGAAAGAUCCCAAUUUGUAUUUGAGGAGUGAUCAACCGUUAACACUGGCUGCGAUGUGGUGUCGGCAAUAUUUUCGACCUUUAGAAUUAUGACCCAUGACAUAUUCUGUAUCUUAUACCGUCCAAAUGUUAUAUACAUCCCCCAAAAAAGUGCUUUAUUAACCUAGUUGGAAAAACAUUUAUAAAAUAUAAACAUUAUUUUGGUUGUAUCUGAAUAGAAUAUGUUAUUCAUGACUAACAUUGUUAUUUAAAUUUUUUUCUUGUAACAAUAUAAUUGAAUAAAUAUGAGAAGGCUUUUAUAUUUUUAUGUGUAUAUAUAUAUGGAUAAAAACUGUUAUAAAAGGAAAGAUGCAGAAUUAUCAAUAAUAUAUAAGUCAAUUAGAUUGACACUGAUUCAAGUAUUUGUUUUAUAAUAAAUUUUUAUUCUUUUAUUUUUCCUUGUGUUUAAAAAACAUUGUUAACUAGUGAAAUCAGUCAUAAAUUGUGUCCUAUGAUGGUAGUGCAAUGGUUUUGUACAACCUAUUUGUUGUGAUUUAUAGCAAUUAUUUUAAAGCAACAUAGUCUGCUAACGUUUCAAUUUUUUUAUUAUUAUUAUUGUUAUUAUUAUUGUAUGCUUAUUGCUUUGAAAUGCCGUAAAACAAUACAUUCAAUGCAAUGCACAUUUGUUUAACAACUUUUCAAGUGCCAAUUGCCCUUAUAAAUAGUUUUUUUAUCUAUU